AUGAUGGAAGACUUCAAUCGGCGCUUCCAAAACGUCGACCGCGCUAGGGCGGCGUGUCUCAAAGCAAUCAGAGACCUACUUCGUGCACGCGGAAAAUCACUCAACGACUACGGUCUACCCAGUCCAGACGAAGAUCUACUGGAACCGGAUCAAGACGACCCAAUGUUCGGUGCAAUAGACGCGGCCGUUGCCUGGCAACAGCGAUUGCGCGAAUUGAACGACGAACAACGAACGGUGUACGAUCGAGUGAUGGCGGUCGUCGAUGACAACCGCAACGUUCAGAAAAUGUUCUACGUCGACGGGCCAGGAGGAACGGGAAAAACGACGCUAUACGGAUGCCUAAUAUCGUCGCUUCGUAACAGACAACAAACGGUGUUGAGCGUGGCAUACACCGGGAUCGCCGCAUCCCUCAUGGAGGGCGGCAUGACGGUGCACUCGACUUUCGGAUUGCCAUUGGGAACGCUGACCGAACAAUCUACUUCGAGUAUCACCAUGCAGUCUUUGCGCGCGCAAAGGAUACGUGAAGCUCCGCUGAUUGUCUGGGACGAAGCGCCCAUGUCCCCGGGCCUACAAGUCACGGUGGUCGAUCGCUUGCUCAAGGACAUCAUGGGAUCGGCACUACCGUUUGGUGGUAAACCAAUACUGUUAGCUGGCGACUUCAGGCAGAUAUUGCCCGUCGUUCGCCGGGGGAACAGGAGCUCCAUCGUCAUGUCAUCUAUCAAACGCCACUCAUUGUGGAGAGAGUUUGAACAGUUUCGGCUGACCCGGAACAUGCGCGCCGACAACGACGCCGACUUCGCUGCUUGGCUACUUCGGCUCGGUAACGGUCAACUGCCGUCGGUCGACGGUAUUCCAGACACUGUCGACAUCCCACCGCAACUGGUUUGCGACGUUGUGGAUUUGACCGAUUUUGUCUAA